AUGUCUGAGCAGCAUGAGCAUCCUCCUCCACCACCAAUAAAAGCACCACCAGAGCUUAUUGCAGAUAUUAGAGAAUUGAUCCAAAGUCUGCAAAAUCCAGACCUAACACUGUCUUCAUUUCUGCGCAGUCCAGAGCUCCAAGCUCUAUGCCAGAGAUAUGAUGUUAAUCAUAUUACUGAUCUUCAUCAAAGCUUUGUGAAUAUGGAUCGCUUUACUCUUAUUAUUCAAAAAGCAAAGCUUAUUCUAUACCCAGAAGGACAGGGCCUUAAUGGGCUUACAGUGGAUGAGAAACCGAAGGCCAGAAAUAAAAGAAUUCGGAGUAUUAUUGCUGAUAUGGACAGAGGACAAAUGGAAGGACUUGGCUAUUUUCUGCAAACCCUUUCUAAUAGUAAUGAAGAUUGGCAGUGGCAUGUUGAGCAUGUUAUGAUCUUCUGUCGUAUUCACUUUCUACGUGGAGUUGAAGAGGUUGUUGGAAAAUGUCAACAGCAUACAGAGCUUUUCAAGCGAAUGAUGGCUUUACUAGACUGUGAGAGUGAGGAGGAUUAUAUUGAGCUGGUCCAGCAUCUACUACAUACUGCUGAUCCUGAUUCAAAACAGGAGGGUUGGGCUCUUCAUAAAGCUGACCCAGUUAUAGCUGCAGGACUUAAUAAAUCCCGCUCUCGCAUGGAUUCUGAAGACUUUGAUGAAGCUACAGCUCAUACUAAUGCAGCAGAGCAAACUCAUGAGAAGGGGCUAGCAAUGGGAAGAGCUUUAAGUAUUGUGAAGGCGGUACAAACUGGCUAUCACCUUGAUAAGCGAGACAUGGCACAAUAUGAUACUCGAGAUCUCUAUGGAAUUCGGCAUUCUUAUUCUAAGCGAAGUGGGUCAGACCUAUUCGCAGAGAGUUUAAGAAGAGGUCGUAAGUAA